CCGGGCUGCCCCAACGUUGCUACGCCCCUCCCGUGCCGAUGCCAUCCCAUGCCUUCGUGCGGGGCCGUCGUGCUCAUCUCUAUAAGAUUCGACGAGAGCUCUGAGGCUCGGCAUGCCGUCAGUCAGUCAGACAGUCGGUAGGUCGGUCUGUCUGUCGAUCCGUCUGGCAGUCAUCGGGCGCAAUGGCCGCAAAAUUUCGUGUUUAGAUGCGAUCGGCGUGAGUUCGAUCGUGAGCGCCACGCAUGUCAAUGUCAUUCGUGACCGCUGCGCCAAUUUCAAAGCGCCAAUCGAGCGAUAGAAGUUUUCUCCGUCGUUCCGCUUUCUCUUUCGAAGGGUGGUGAGCGAAGAAGAAGAAGGAGGCGGAGGAAGUGAUGGCCGAGUGACGCUUUAAAUUUCUCUCGUUGUUAUAAUCUUGCCCACUCUGUUUUUGGCUUCAUUGUUAUUCCGUUCCUCUUAGAGGUAAACGUUCCGAUUUGACAGAAGAAUUGGGCGUGGCUGGAAAUGUUACCCAAUUAUGCGCAGUGCGGGCAUUGCGAGCAUCGGAUUCUCCCUCUUCCCGUAUGAAUGCUCGGAAUUUCGACCACCAAUCUUCGUAGAAAAGCUUCUAUCGACGACAAAACAAUUUCAGAGUAAACUGGACAAAAUUCAGCAAUCAGUGGAAAGUGUGGGAGGGACGGAGGGAGGGAAGGGUGGAGUGAUUUCCUUCAGAAGCGAAGGAAGAGAGAGACAAUUGGUAUGACUGGAGCAAAGUAGUGAGUGAAAUAGCCGGAGUCAAACGAUGGGGGGUGAGGGGGAUCAAGGGGCAGGACCUAGCCGGAAGCUGGCUUGCUUGCGAGUAGCAGGGGCAUGGUCAGGAGUGGUUGAAGUACCUCUCGAAGAAUGGACCAUCAAGGACUUGCGAGCCGAAGUGGGACGACUUUCUGGAUUCGCUGUAGAAUCUAUCAAUUUGAUCAGUGCCGGGCGCAAUCUCAAGGAUGUGCAAUCAGGUGUUUUGAAAGCGAUCGGAUUGGGGGAGAAUUCGAAGUUGUUGGUGACGAGAAUUGGCGGGGAACAAGCCAUUGCAAUGAAUAAGGAACGGGAGAGGUCAGAGAGGCUCGCACGAAUCAAGGCGGCAGCUGAUGCAAUGGCAAAAAGGAGCAAUGAGGAUGGCUUUGCAACUGAUGAUUACGAUAUGCAGCUUGAAAAUCAAAGUGGUGAAAGGUUAAGGUUCAACUCAGAAGAUGACAAGAGGGCACUUAAGAUGGGUUUGAUGCUACAUGCAAAAGGUCAAGAACUAAUCAAACAGAGUCAGUUCACCGAAGCAUUGGAAGUUCUUUCAAUGUCUGAGGAAUCAUUCUCACUUUGUGACCGAAAGAUAUUAGAGGCUGUCGAUAAUGUAGCGCUAUUGCACCUCGACACAGUGUGGUGCUUUUUCAUGCUGCGCGAUCUUGCUCUACUAGCCGUGGCUCGAGAGCGACUAUCGAUGUCCCGGGAAGGACUGAGUCGCUCUCAUGGGCGCAACUUAGAGCGCCUACGGGUACUGCAAGGAGGCUUCUGCCCAGAAUUAGCUGUUUACGUCAGACUGGAACUUUUAGAAGGUGUUGUUGCGUAUCACAGUGGUCGCUCUGAAGCUGCGCGUCAAUCCUUGACUUCUGCACAGCAAAAGUUUCAACAGCUUCAGGUUUCUGACGAGGCAGUGGCCCAGUUGGCGAAUAUGGGUUUCACCACUAAGGAAUCACGAAGAGCACUGCGUAUGUCAGGUCAGGAUGUACAGCGCGCGGUAGAGUUCUUGAUGGAGGAAAGAAGGAAGAAGUCAGAAAAGUUGGAAGAGGACAGACGACAGAGAAGAGAACGGAAGGAACAGAAGAAGUACGGAAAGACAAUGUCCGGGAAGGCCGUAGACAUGACAAUGCUGAAUGAAUUGGCCUCCAUCGGGUACGAUCGGCAAGUGGUCGCUGAAGCGCUUCGGCAAAGUGAGAAUUCUGUUCAACUAGCUCUUGACAUGCUGUCGAACCCAGCAACUUUCGCUGCGUUGCAGAUCUCUUUGCUUGAGCCAUCAUCCACAAAGCCGAGUUCUACGCCGGUAGAUGAGGCAGUUCUCGAAAUGCUAUUGUCGAUGGGUUUUGAGAGGGAGCAAGUUAUUCGAGCUCUGAAGGUUACAGCGAACUCCAAUGAAGCGAUCGAGCGACUUAUCCAAGGACAAUUCGCAGAUGCCGAGGGGACUUCGACCUCGGGGGGAGAGUCCACAGAAGUGGCGAGUAGUUCUGUUGCUUCAGGCGAGGCUUCAAGAGCAGAGACUCCUGAUUUCGGAGGCUUGGACACCCCACCGGUGGACAUGGAUCCACGUGAUCAGGAAAUGGAGACGGAGAUUGCAGCCAACUUGAGCGGGGAUCCAUUGGCAGAGUAUGACUUGGAGGUCGACAAGGAAGGAGAGGCCAUAUUUGAGUACCUCGGGUUGGUGGACAGCCUCCUGACCGUCUCAGCAUGAAACCUCGGAGAAAGUUUUGUAGCAAAUGGAGUGAAUGUGAAUUGUACGGGAUGUAAGUGACCAAAGAAGUAGUGUGGCAAUUUUGGCUUCGAGUUUCUUCAUUGCUCUUGUAUAUUGUUCGUUCUAGUGCCACAUUGCCCUUGAGGAAGGCUUACUGCCUGAUGUACCUUUUUGUAUAAAUGACUUCAAUAUUUCAAAUAAUGG